CCAUUUUCCAGUUUCCACCCAUCCAAUCGCACCACUCCACCAGAUCUAAGGGAUAAAAACAAAAGCCCGUUAUCGUAAAUUUCACCCCCCGCAGCCGCUUCUCUUUCAUUCUCCUCCGCGCAACGGCAGCAUUCAGCCUCCGGCGAACAGUCGAAAUGGGGAGACUACCCUCACUCCUCCUCUUCCUCCUUCCCGUCCUCCUCCUCCCGCUAACCUCAGCCGAGAUCAAAACCCUAAAGAUCACCUCGGACACCCGGCCUAUGAUUCUGUUUGAGCGAUUCGGCUUCACUCACACCGGCCAAGCCACAAUCGCCGUCUCCUCCGUAUCCGUGGUCUCCUCUGUCGGUGCAACCGACCCAUCUCGGUUGGGUUUCUUUCUUCUCUCCGAAGAAUCCCUAAUCCAAGUCCUCCUGGAGCUGCAGACAAACCCUUCCUUUUGCGUCCUCGACUCAAAAUACGUUAAUCUGCUCUUUACUUUCCGCGAUCUCUCCCCGCCGCCGGACUCCUCUUUUAACCACUCUUAUCCUAUCACUGCUCCAAAUGAGUACUCGCUAUUUUUUGCCAAUUGUGCGCCGCAAUCUACGGUGUCGAUGGAUGUGCGCACCGAGCUUUAUAACUUUGAUGGCAGAGAGAAGGACUUUUUAUCCGCUGGGUUAACUCAGUUGCCGACUUUGUUUUUCUGCUUUUUCGUUAUUUAUUUUGCUUUUUUCGCGUUCUGGAUUUACAUUUGUGUGAAAAGUAUAAGGUCCGUGCAUAGAAUUCAUAUGCUUAUGGGGGUUUUGCUUAUUAUGAAGGCGUUGAAUUUGCUUUGUGCGGCUGAGGAUAAGCAUUAUGUAAAGAUUACCGGGACGCCACAUGGAUGGGACGUGUUGUUUUACAUUUUUCAGUUUAUUAGGGUCGUGUUGUUGUUCACGGUGAUUGUUUUGAUUGGUACCGGAUGGUCCUUUUUGAAGCCAGUUUUGCAGGAGAGGGAGAAGAAGGUGUUGAUGAUUGUGAUCCCAUUGCAAGUUUUGGCAAAUGUAGCAUCUAUUGUGAUAGGGGAGACGGGACCUUUUAUAAAGGAUUGGGUGACUUGGAAUCAGGUCUUCUUGUUGGUGGAUAUUAUUUGUUGUUGUGCCGUUAUUUUUCCAAUUGUAUGGUCCAUUAGGUCCUUGAGGGAGACAUCUAAGACUGAUGGGAAGGCUGCGAGGAAUCUUGCGAAGUUGACCCUUUUUAGGCAGUUCUAUAUUGUGGUUAUUGGCUACUUGUAUUUCACGAGGAUUGUAGUGUUUGCCCUACGCACAAUCGCUGCUUAUAAGUACCAGUGGGUGUCUAAUGCUGCUGAGGAGAUUGCCAAUCUUGCGUUUUACGUGGUGAUGUUUUACAUGUUUAGACCUGUUGAUAAGAACGGCUACUUUGUACUUGAUGAGGAUGAAGAAGCAGCAGAAUUAGCUCUUCGUGAUGAAGAAUUUGAGCUUUGAAGUUGGCCAUCACCUGGCCUCACACUUACGGAUUGUGAGUGAUUUAGCAAGUUUAUAGAUUAGAUUUGCUGCAAACUCUGAUUUAUGUAGCUGUCACUUCUUUUGUUUCUUUUAAUUUCUUGUAGAGAAACAAUCAAGUUUACUUGAGAAACCCUUCGCCCUCUCGGAAAUGGAAAUGUUGUUGGUUGCACGACUCUCA